GAGUAUUCAGCUCGUUCUGAGGCUUGUUCCACCGGUUCUGUAUAUAUACAAUACCCAGCCUGCCCAACGUCUGGACUUACGAGACCAUUACUUGACAUCACACUACCCGAAGCAUUUUGCAUUUCCAUCAUGGCAACAACAUCAAGCCUACCCAAGCACAUCCCCCAUGACUCUGUGACGAUCCGUCACCACGCCUCUUCGUCCAUCCAGCACGGCCUCAUCAAACCGACGUUCCUCCCUCCCGGCAUUCCCGUGAAACCGCUCGACAUCGACCAGCUCCACAAGUCCAUACAGCAAUAUGGCCCAAUCUUGAACCUUCACCCGGACGAGCAAUUCGUGAACACCUCAAUCGAAGACUUCCUCCAACACAGCACUCUCGUAGACAAUCAGACAAAAUCACGCAUUAAAGCUCCCCACCCCGACGAUCUGCCCCAACACGGCACCAAUUCACAGUACUACCUCGAAGUCGACCUGGUCGUCAAACCAGGACACUUCGCCACAGCAAAAGCCUACGUCCACGCCUUUUGGCAACCCGGCAUACCAUACACCGACCUCCAAUUCUGGUUCUUCAACGCAUACAACGGCCCCGGCACCGCACACAUCACCGGACUCAUGAUGGACACAGCCUCGCACUCCGGCGACGUCAACUUGGCCCCCAUGGGCGAACACUGGGGUGACUGGGAAAUGUGCAUGGUGCGUAUCGACAACACGACGCAACGAAUGACGGGACUCUGGCUCUCGCAGCACGCCAAAGGCCAAUUCUUCUCUUCUACGCAGCUCGAAAGUGCCAUCUCAUUCCACGGCACACAGCCGGUGAUAUACUCUGCUCGCAAUGGGCAUGGGAACUUCCCACGUCCCGGGCCCAAUCCGACAGAAGAUCACAAAUUUGCCGGCGUGCCCGCGGGCGUGGACUUCUUCAUCCGCAACGAUUGCGCGACCGGCGGCUUACAGUUGGACUGUGCGAAGAAGUACGAGCUCGUCUCGGCGCAGUGGUUGAACGCCCCCAUCCUCACGCCAAAGUGGCUAACUUACCCGUUCCGUUGGGGUCCAGAGGGCACGUCGAUCCACUUGAAUGCGAAGUCGGUCGUCGACAUCGUAAGAGACGCCGCUGGCAAGGAAUUGGAAGAGUUCCUGCCGGUCGAGGUGCUUACUGUGCUGGCGGGUGAUAUACUUUCUCACUUUGUCAAGGGCGAUAUCAAUGGGCCGGCAUCGCCUUCGCAACAUGGGACUUGGAAUGGAACAUACCCUGUUUAUACUUAGCUACGUACCCUUGGAAGUACGAUGAGGGUGCAUGGGUAAUGUCGAGGGCGUGGGCACAUGGCACUGAUUAAGAACACUAUAUCAACGAAGGUAACAAGGAACAUGUGUGAAUUUCUAAUUCUUAGUAUUAUUUGGGACUGUGUAAGCCACAGAUCCAGCUAUCUCAUCAGAUUCCUAGAAUGUUUUCCCGGAGGGUGUCGUGCCCAAUAUGCCAUCUAUGCUUCCAUGAACGCCUUCUGCACAUUCGCUUAUUCGCUGUCAGAAUCAUCAAUGCUGUUGUUCAAUUACUCGUAAAGGUCCAUGUUGCCAUUGGGAGCAUCCGGUGCAUCCUCAAUCUCCAACAUAGCAUCGUCAUCAUCAAUCAUGUCGGCAUCCUCCUCGAGGUCACUGUCGGUGUGAUUAGGUAGAACAGUAAUUCUGCCAUCGUCCAAGACCACAUGAGCAGUUUCACCAUCUUUGAUGGCUCCUC